GAUCGCUUAAUCACUUUUCAAUUUUGUUGGCGUAGUUUUAGAAUUAUGUUAUCAAAUAUUAUAAAAUACUUUCAGAUAAAAAUAACAUUAAAUUCUUAAUUAGGACGGAGUUACAGAAUAAAGUGAAUGUGUAUAUACCUAAUAGUUACUGUACGUAAAUAUUACAUUGCUAUUCAAAUGAGUGAUGCAAAAUUAUUUCUAAAGCUUUUUAAAAUACAGUUACCAAAGCCAGCUUGGUUAGAACUUAAAACAUUCCAUAAUAAGUUAAUGAAGUUUGUGUCUACACCAAGAACAGUAUGGAUUAUAAUGUUAUCACAGAAACUGCUGCCAGAGGUGGCACAAGCAGAUCAAUAUAUCCAUCUGCCAUAAGCGCAAAUUCUCAUACAAGUAAUGUAAACACUUUAUCGUCCACGCCUCCAAUGUCUAUGGACACCCCGACACUUCGCAGCAUUGGCACCUUUCCCCUUGACAGCAGCUCUCAGAGUGAUGAUUCAGAAAAUGAAUAUUUAGAUAACAAUAUUGAACUCCGUGGUUAUCUUAGCAAGUGGACUAAUUACAUAUACGGAUGGCAACCGCGUUACAUUGUUCUUAAAAACGGUACACUUUCUUAUUACAAAUCAGAAUCGGAAUCUGAUUUUGGUUGUCGUGGAGCUAUUAGCCUGAGCAAGGCUACAAUAAAGGCUCACGACACUGAUGAAUUGCGAUUCGAUGUGGUUGUUAACAAUUAUAAUAAUUGGUGCUUACGGGCAGAUACAUCAGAGGAUCGUAUGCAUUGGGUUGAGGUUCUGCAAAUGUAUAAAGAAGAGUCUGGAAGUACAGAUACUAUGUCUUUACGACGCCAUGGAAGUACUAUGUCUUUACAAUCGAACACAAUAUCAGUGGCUAGUGGCAGCAGUCUUAAAAAGACACAAAGGAACUUAAGAGAAAAAGUUGGUGAAAUAGAGACAUUCAAAGAUAUACUUUUCGGUCAAAUAGAUACUAUUCAAAGAUAUUUUGAUGCCUGUGUUGAUGUUAACAAAGCAACUGGAAAACCUCUAGAUCUGGGCGAUGGACUUAAGCCAAUUGAUUUUAAGGGAGAAUCUAUCACGUUUCGAGCCACUGCUUCUGGAGUAUUAACAACCCUUCAACACUGUUUAGAUAUUAUUGCGGAAAGUGAUGAUUUGUGGAAGAGAAAAUUAGAACGCGAGUUAGAGAGGAAAAAACGUACUGAAGAACAAAAUCGAAAAUACAAGGAAGAAAUAGAAAAAAUCAAACGUAUCUCAUAUCCUGGUCCGGACUUAGAGGAGGGCCCUCAUUCCACUUUGCCGGAAGAUGAGUUCUUCGAUGCCGUUGAAACUGGUCUGGAGAAAAUCGAGGAAGACAUGCAGAUUCGAGCUAAAUUAAAAUUACAAACACAGCAAUCAUUAACGGUCGCCAAUGUUCCGCACAAAGUUCAAACUGAAGAAAAUGAUUCAAACUUGGAAGAGUUCGGCACUGGAGGACCAGCAAGAAAUCAUGUCUUAUGGUCAGAGAUCGAUCGGGUAUGCAGUGAGCAGUUACGAUAUGCCCGCGAAGGUGUGGGUCAAGGUGGUAACGGCUGGCAAAUAUUUGCGGAUGAAGGUGAAAUAAAAAUGUACAAACGAGAAGAAGAAGUGAAUGGCUUAGUCAUGGAUCCACUAAAAGCAUACCACAGCGUUAAUGGUGUUACUGCACGGGAAAUGUGUCAUUACUUUUUCAUGCCAGAAUUCCGCAAUGAAUGGGAGACUACACUGGAAGACUGUACCAUAUUAGAAAAAAUUUCUUCGGACACAUUUGUCUUCUUACAAACACACAAACGUAUCUGGCCUGCUAGUCAACGUGAUGCAUUGUUUUGGUCACAUAUGCGCAAAAUUACAGAUGGUUUAGAUGAAGAUGCCAUAGAUAUGUGGGUUGUGUGUAAUAACUCAACGGAAUAUUCUAAACAAGAAUCGAAAAAUAGUAAAUGCGUCCGCAUAUUUCUGACGGUGAUUUUGGCCUGCCAAACGCUCUUACCACCUGGAAAAACAAAAAACGACAAACUUAGUCGUGAUGAAUUAACUUGUAAGAUCACCUACUGUUCUGUUGUGAAUCCAGGAGGUUGGGCACCUGCUUCCGCUUUGCGUGCUGUCUAUAAGCGCGAGUAUCCUAAGUUCCUGAAACGCUUCACUGGAUACGUGAUAGAUCAAUGCAAAGAUAAUCCAAUAAUGUUCUGAUAUUUGAUUUCCCUAUAAAAUGUGUAAAAAUAGUGUUGGUAAUCGAACGUCGUUAUUUCCUUAAUAAUAAGCUCCUUAUUAAACACGGUAUAUAUGUAUUAAUUUUUAAGAAGUCGCUGUGUAAAAAAAAUCUGUCUGAACUCAACUGUUUUUAUCUAUUUUAUGCUAAACAAUUUCCAUUUUUGAAGUCUCAUAGAGGCAUAAAAUCAUUAAAUAUUAUUUAUCCAUUCACAUAAAGUGGAAGUAAAGUGGCAUUAUAUUAAUAAUAAGUUUUGUUAAUAUGAUAUUAAAAAAUACACUAAAAAAGCUUAAAACAA